AUGCAGAUACCACAAACGAAGCUGCAGAAUCGAAUCAGCAACUUUCUCACGAAUGCCACUGCCCAGGAGCAGAUUGAGCUCGAGCGAAGUCACCAGCAACUACAGGCUUUAAUCGAGGAGGCCAAGGCAGCCAAGAAAACAAGAGAAGAUGGGGAAACGGAUGCGUCUUUCAAGGCGAAGGUCAAAAAUGGGUGGAAUUCAGCCUCUGAAAAGGCGUACCGGUACUCCCAGAUUCUGGAUCCGAUGCUCGCCCACGCACCUACAUACGUUUCUCUCGUCUAUGGCGGCAUCAAAAUCAUCCUCGUCGCGCACACUAAUCACCAGGAGCUCAAGGAGAAGUUAGAGCUGCAUCUUGAGAGAAUUACAUCCAGAUUCGAGAUCAUCGAUCAUCUCACGGCCUAUAUUCCAACCAAGGAGCUUGUCGACAAGGUUGCCAGCGCAUACAGCCUGUUCACAAAGUUCUUGGACAAGGCAGUCAAGUACUACACGCAGAGUCGCUUGAAGAUACGCUGGAAGUCGAUUACGCGUCCAUGGGCACGGUUCCAGGACCUAGUAGAUGCCAUCAGCGAGGCCUUUGGGGACAUCAAAGUUAUCGCGCAGCUCCACGGGCUGCUGGCCGGCCGUGUCACACUCGAGAUUUUGGCGCAAUUGACGUCUAUUUCCAUUCAAUUCACCAAGUCGGAAGACGUCAACGAAACGGCGUCACUAGUUCGGCAGCAUGUCGAAGAAAAGCGAGACAACCCAACAUUAGGGAAGGAAGCAGUCAAACAGACCGCUGAAGGCUCCUCUGUCCUGGAUCAAUUGGGAGGGCUCUUUGCCGAUCUCAAGAACUACAACGAAGAGACCCAGCGGCGCAAAGUCGCUAUCGAAGAGAUCCCAGACAUGCGCAACCACAGGUCAACGCAGCGGAAUCUGCUGCGAUCAGAGAAAGUCCUAUCCUGGAUCGAGUGCGAAACGUCACGUCUUUUGUGGGUAGAGGGAAACAACGUUUUGCGGAGAUCAGAAUUCAAUGCUUGUUUUGCUAUACCUUUGCUGGUAAUGGGUGAGAGCAGCUACGAAUCGACCCUCGUUCUUCGUCAUUUCUGCGGUGGCACUGGGAUGGCGAGAAAGCCCAGCACAUUAAUACAAGCCCUUUUGUAUCAAAUCAUCGAGCGGUAUCCAAGUAUUCUGGAGAAGAAAAAAGACACAUUGACGCAGGAGAAGACAUCGACCGGUCAAGGACUAUGGAGCCUGUUCGUCGAGUGCCUGGAAAUCGUCAACGCUCAGUGCACCUUUAUCAUUAUUGACAGUUUUGACAACCUUGAAGCGGCUGAUCUGGAAGUGGAUGAGAAGGACACGGUGAUAUCACAGUUGGACAGCCUUAUCAAGGACAGGACCAAAUUCGUGAAAGUGCUUUUGACAGCUUCACUCGCGCAACCACUGGCGACACUACCAGAUGAAUACCAGGCUCUCAUGCGUUUUCGUUCACAACAGCAACCUGGGGGUCUCCGUCGGAGUCUAUCUAUGGCUGCAGCGGAAGACCAAGCUCAGCUGAUGUCGCAUCAGAUAAUCGAGAUCCAGGAAAGACGUUGCAAAGCUGUCAGCUUUCAUGAGCUCCCCUUCCUCUAUCCGUCAGGGACAUUGAUCUAUCAGAAGCAUGACAGCUACUGGCGAGCUUUUAUCGUCGCGGAGCUCAGCGGUAUGGAUAGACAGCCCUCAGGCUAUCUUACGCCUCUGCGAAUUCGCGCCUGGUCUGUGGAUCAUAAUGGGAAGUAUUUUGCUAGGAAUUAUCAUACCUUGACCGUGGGUCAGUUCAGUGGACAGCAGGCCAUCACCAGCCUGAAGUUUACUCCUGCAGGGUAUCUCCCUGAUGAAACGACAGUGCGCAAGGCGCUUGCCGACCGCGGCCGCCGGUAUUGGGAACUGGGGAGCAACGUGAACUACAAACAAUUUGAAGGAAAGCACGGCCCCGUCCGCGUCGUCAUCGAUCAGCAAAUGCGCCCAUUAGGGGAACCACCCCAAGAGCAAGCCGAUCAGUUCCAAAAAGCACUCGCCGAAAGUAUGAAGCCACAAGUCCUAAUGACCUGUCCGCCGGACAUUGCAGUUUAUUUGCUACCCGAACUGCGCUGGUCGACAAUGGACAUUGACAAGAUACAGGACUUGGUUGUCGAUCGAGAUCGAGACCUGGACCAGGUUAUAAUGGAUCGCUCGUACAAGCGACUACUACGAAUCUUAGUACUCGGCAAAGCCUUGGGAGAGGAAAGUCACGCGAGCUCAACACUUGUGACGAAUGGAACAACUGUACUCCUGCAUGGAGCCCCAGGCACUGGGAAAACAUUCUGCGUUGAAUGUCUUGCAGAACGUUUCAAGAAGCCGCUUUUACGGUUGACUCAUGGCAAACUUGGCGGAUCUAUGCAUGAGUUGGCAAAAAGCCUCGAAGAAUCCUUCCAGCUUUCUGACAGAUGGGGUUGUAUCAUGUUACUAGACGACGUCGAUGUCUUCCUCUCCCAGCGCGCAAACGACCUUACACAAAACCUCAUGGGGACGCUGUUCAUGCAGCUCGUGGAAACACACAACGGAUUGCUAUUCCUCACCACGAAUCGGGUUGGAGUGUUUGACAUGGCGUUUGUCUCCCGAAUUCCACUCAAAUUGCACUUCACCCAGUUCGAUCGGCAGCAAAUUAAGGCCGUACUAGAACUUUCUCUGAACCGGAUAGAAGAUCGACUCGAGAGGUCCGGGGUCCGUUGCCUCAUCGAAAGAGCGGAAGUCAUUCCCUUCGUGCUUAAAAAGCUCUCUCAAAACUCUGAGCAAUUAAACACGAACCCGAAUGGAAGGGAGAUAGUGAAUCUGUGCGAGACCGCCCUCAUUCUAGCUCAGGACGACGCCAGACAAGAACUGGCUGGCGGAAAAAGAGUUGGCCUUAGGCUGCGGAGUAAACAUUUUGGUCACUCCAGUACGCUAUCGCAUCGGUUUGAUGAGUACCUCGAUGUAGUGAAGGGGUCGAGGGAUGGCGACGACCGGAGACCUCUACCCCCAAUGUUAGCCGACGGACCCAAUCAAGCCAGAUCUCAACCAGGCGAUUACCCUUUUAUGGAAUGGGGACCAGGCCAACAGGGAGGUUACAGAACUCCUCAAUGGCCCGGUGAAAGACAACAGCCGGAUGAGUUCUUGUACCAGCAAGGCCCUGGACAAGGGAUGGACUACCAUUAUCCUUACUGGCAGGGAACAAGACGACAGGAGACUGAGCGAUAUUACCAGCGGGGCUCAUCAGGUCAAGCAGAGGAGGAACAGGGAAGGGAGAGGAAGAACGAUAGGAAGAGAGAGGAGUCUGAGGAUUCCGAAGACUGACUAUUCUGAGGGAGAGGAAUGAACCCCCAAAUGCUACGAACCCUGGGAUAUUUCUUCGUGAGCAGGUUUCAGAAAGAAAUUGAGGAAGGAAUAAGUUAGCUUGAGGGAAUUGUGAUUGAUAGGAGCGUUCUUUGGAAUAAGCAAGCUACACAUAGCUUUAUGAGAGGUGAUAUAGAUCCUUCCCAAAGGCUCCGCCCGCGGUGAACCCUCUUUC